CCAUGGGAAUCAAAUCCUACCGAAACUACUCAAAGACUGCCAAUACCCCUCGUCGCCCCUUCGAGAAGGCUCGUAUCGACUCUGAGCUUCAGAUUGUCGGCGAGUACGGCUUGAAGAACAAGCGCGAGCUUUGGCGUGUGCAGUACACUCUUUCUAAGAUCCGUGCCGCCGCUAGGCAUUUGUUGACCCUCGACGAGAACGAUGAGACCCGCGUCUUCCAGGGUGAGGCUUUGCUUCGUCGUUUGGUUCGUUUGGGUCUUCUUGGUGAGGACGAGCGCAAGCUCGAUUAUGUUCUUGCCUUGACUGUCAACAAGAUGCUCGAGAGACGUCUGCAGACUAAGGUCUUCAAACUCGGUCUUGCUAAGAGUGUCCAUCAUGCUCGUGUCCUCAUCAAGCAGAGACACAUCAGGGUUGGCAAGCAGAUCUGUGACGUUCCUUCCUUCAUGGUCCGUCUUGACUCUGAGAAGCACGUUGACUUCGCCCUCACCUCGCCCUUCGGAGGCGGACGCCCUGGUCGCGUAAAGAGGCGCAACGCCGCUAACGCUGGUGGUGAUGAUGAUGAGGAAUAAACAACAGAUAGUGUUGAUUGCCACUCGUAGCAGCUGCCGGUAGUGUCGUGAUUUGGUUUCGCGGCUAAAACGA